CUCCCUACCACCGCCUCUGCACGCCAUGCUCUCACAACAACUCAUACGCACACAACCAAGUUGCUCGCCCCGCACCUUUCGAUGCCCAAGCGCCUGUCGCAGUCUCAGCCACUCUGCCAGCUCCCGCCGUCCACGCCGCGUGCUCUUCAACGUGCCCGGAUCUGACGAAAGGAAAAUCCACAAAGCCCUCUCCCUCGAUCUCGAUGUCAUCGUCCUAGACCUAGAAGACGGCGUGUCUCCAAACAAGAAACACGAGGCUCGUUCACUAGUCGGACAAAAACUCAAAUCCUGUCACUUCGGCAGAAGCGAGCGAUGCGUCCGAAUAAAUUCCUCCAAUUCCGGAUUAGAAUUCGAAGACCUGAAGUCCCUCCUCCCCUUCUUGGAAUACAUAGAUUCCAUUUUAAUUCCGAAAGUCGAAACGGCCGAAGAUCUGCUAUUUGUAGACGACCUCCUCUUGCAAAAUAACAAUACGCGCACCAAACUGUUCGCCGCCAUAGAGUCCCCCCGGGCCCUGUUAAACCUACGCCCAAUUUGCAACGCAACCCCAAGACUCGACUGUCUGAUCUUCGGUAGCGAAGACUAUGUCGCCAACGCCGGUAUGACGCGGUCCUCCGGCCUGGAAGAACUUGCGUACGCCAGAUCUAAAAUAGUCACUUAUGCCUCUGCGCACUCUCUCUACUCCACAGACCUUGUCUGUAUCGACUAUAAAAACAUCGAACAGCUAAAAAAAGAAUCCAUAAGCGGAUUCACUCUGGGAUUCGAUGGAAAACAAGCCAUCCAUCCUGGACAAGUAGACACCAUCUACCAAUGCUUUCAGCCGCCUAUUGAAACUGUUGAAUUCGCCAAAAAAAUCGUUUCAGAAUAUCGCGCUCAUUCUAGCGCAGGCAAAGGAGCCUUCGUCAUCAACGACAAGAUGAUCGAUCUACCCAUGGUCAAAUGGGCGCUGAAAGUUCUAAGCAAGGCAAGUGUACCCGUCGAACAGCUUCCGUCGGUGUAGCUCUAACAACCUAGAAACCGCGUAGAGUCGCAGGUGGUCUCAAAAAAAAAAGAACAUUGUGUAAACUAC